AUGAGAUUCUCAAGGUUUUUUGCAACCUUAUUGUCACACACACUUCUCAUAUUGUACAUUGUAAAAAAUAAUAAUAUUGACACGCUGUAUACGGAAGUUUGUGUUUCUGAAAAGCAAAAUCGCACAGGCCCAAUGAUGAUUUUCGCGCCAAAUGCAAAUCAAUGUUGUACUGGUUUAAAAAUACAAGUUAACAGUGAAAUUAAAUUUAUUACACAGAGAUAUAACGAGGUUAAAUAUGCUGAUGAUAUUGGAAUGAGAGCAAGAUCUAUAAAACUUGACAAAAUGCUAUACACAGAUCAGGAUAGAGUGAUGUUCUUCAAACUAUUUAAUUUUUUUAUAAGUACUUCUGAUGCUGAAAAAAAACCACUUUGGAAUACAUAUGUGUGCAACAUAUACUUUGGCUAA